AUGGAGAAUCGAAAUCAGAACGUUGUUCGAGUCGUUACCGUAUGGGUAGCGCCGUUUGUGAUGACAAAACGCGAAUGCGCGCAGCCAAACAAUCGAACUGAGUGCGAAGGCAACAACAAGUACGAAGGAUACUGUAUCGACCUGUUGAAACUGCUGGCCGAUCGUAUUGAAGGCUUCAACUUCGAGGUUUAUCUGGGUGAGAAAACCGGCUCGAAACUACCUGACGGCAGCUGGGACGGUAUGAUGGGUGAUUUGCUCACUGGAAAAGCUGAUGUCGCUGUCGCCUCACUUACAAUCAACCAG